GUCAUACAAUCAGACAGCUGCUCAUGUUUCGAGUAGAAAUGUGCUAUUCCCAAGAGUUUGAAUUGUCGCCUUAUAACCCUUUGUACUACCUGCUAAGGUGCUACUUCAGUCAAUAUUAAACUUUUUAGUCACGACUCGCGGUUCAUAGUCUAAUCGGCUUGACGGAGUUGAAGGACCUCCAGCAUAUUCUUUGCCGUGAUGUGGCGCUCUCCGCUACUGAUUCUGGUCGCUGUGUCUUCAGUAUUUUCAGAUAUCAACCUUCACAACCCAAGAGGGGGCAAUAACCGUCUCGACGAGCCGAACAGGGACAGAAGAAACGCUAACAGGUUGUUCGACUCUCAAAAUAACAAUCGUGGUGGACACAAUGUCGGCGGCCUGUACUAUUAUGGCGGUUCCAUCCUGCCCAUCCAGUGGGCUAACCAGCACACGUGCAUGGACAGGAACAACAAUUGCGAGCUCGUCAUCCAGUACAUGUGUGACAAGCUGGUGAGAGACGGCACUACUAUCACGACUAUUCCUGAUGAUCCAGCCAAUUGCUACAAAUUCGACUGUAACAAAGAUUUGAGGUACGGAAUGCACGAAGACUUCGACUACUACUCUCAAUGCAAAAAGCGCGAGCGCAACAAAGGGCUGUUUACCAUUGAUCAACCUCUUCGCGGUAACACGGCACGCUUCACUCGCCAGGACCGACAAGGGACUAGGUACGGGUAUGAGUGUCCCGAGGAGCGGGAUUACUACCCGUACUGGCACCCCACCCAGUGGAGGGAUAUUGCCAUUUUGACCAAUGACCCCAAGCGCUGUCUGAUGUACAAGGAGGAAAGCGAGAAUGUGCGCGGCCGCUGGUACUGCAAGGUCGAGGGGGACGUGGGAGACAGUAUCAUCCCCAACAACAAAGAAGCCUGUGAGGCUUUCCUCUACCCUGCGGAUGACGACAGUGACAGCGCCAUCAAGGGGAAAUGGACGUUCCAGGCCUCUCACGGUCUGCCCGCGCCAGACUGCAGGGAGAACCAGUGGUCACGUGAUAACCACCAAGGGAACACGUAUGGUGGUGAGUUCAUGACGUACAACUGGACUGUCCCGGAUAUUGACGAGGAGAACUGCGUCUUGCGAAUCAGGUACAACAUAUCAACGGGCGAGUACGAUGGGUGGGACCCUGACGUGAACUCCAAGCUCAAUGGUCGCGACAAAAUCAAUAUUGGUGCCGCUUACGGGCUGGACCGAACUAACGCCAGUAAGCGCGGCUACCUAUUCCACAAUGACCCAGAUGUAAGGAUAUUCCCAACGGUAACAAACUUCAUACUGAGAAUCCAGACCAACACAGACCAACAAGGCAGGACCUUUCAGGACAGGUCUCACAAGUUCAGCAUCCGAAAGCGCCCUGCAAGCAUCCCGGUGAAUAAACGCAUUUUCAACGUGAACGUGCGAGGCAAGCGCGGUAAUAUCGUCCAGGUCUAUCCGUCUGUCGAGUACGACUUCGUGCCCAACACUUUGACCAUGGCUGAGGGAGAAUACGUCCACUUCCAGUGGACUGGCUCCAACACUAAUGAUCGUAAUAACGCUGGCCAGGGUCUUGCAGGGACUGACAGGUCCAAUCUGCUUCUUCUCGCCGACUCCGUGUACCGAGAGGGGCGUGGUCAGCAACCCGGGACUCACGGGCAUUGGGGGCGUAACUACCCCGCGAACGUCAGCGAGGCUAAAUUCCUUGGAUUAAGCAGAGAGGACUUGGUCAAUCUCGCACUCAACAGACCAAAUCAGCUGCAUGGCGAGCUGUCUGAGCUAGAUGACGCCGGGACGUACUAUGACAUGGGACCUCGACAGGUAACCCAGUCCGGAACGUACCAAUACAUGUGCACCAGAAACAACGCCUUUACGAACAGGAGUCAGAAGGGUCGAAUCCUCGUGGGAAGACACGCCAAAUACGGCGAGAUCUUCGGGUGGAAUGGCGGCAAAAUUGACACUGGAGAGUUUUCAGUCCGCAUCUCUCCUGGGUUCUUUAACACCCUGACUUACGUGGAAGUCGAUAAAUACUCGACAUCAGACUUCGAGAGCUAUCUCAGCUCAAUCAAACGGGCAGCGCAAACCCCACCCGGAAGUGGAUACGCCAGCGAGUACUUCCGGUUAUCCCCUGAGGGGGAGAUGGGUUGUGACCAGGCCUCGGUUACCAUCGUGAUGGGUCUGAGUAAGAAUGUGGGUGUGAAGGUGUACUAUUCCACGGCUGAUACGAACUACGCCACGUGGAGCGUGGUUCCCGCCGAGAUUAGCAUCACACACGCAGUCAUCAAGACAAGACACGAAUCUUCGGAGUUCUGAGAAUCAAGAAAACACAGUACUGUACGAUAUAACAAGACUCUUCCUACUGAUGCAAGUUUAAUGUCUUCGAGGGUCUUGUUUCCUUGGCUCCUCCGGAUCAUAAGCAAUCAUAAGUCCGAAAUAGAAGCCGCACGUUACCGAAAACCUUACAAAAAAGUAAAUGAGAGGAUAUGCCCUAUCUGCACAACCGUUGAGGUGGACAUUUAUAUCAAUCGAAUGUCAGAAAAAUGACAUUUUCCUUAUUAAUCCACCGACAAAACUCAUGUCAUAUGUCAUGUCAUGUUAGCUGCUUUCAUGGUUUAUAUGUUAUCAGUUACCUUAUAUAAUGUUUAUAUAGGUUGUUCACCAUUUAAUCGGACAUCCGGAAUGAGAUCCCAGUUUUUCUGGAAUGCCAUAAUGGUAAGAAAAAGUCCCAUAUAUUCCAGAAUUUCCGGGGUGACUUAUUUAUCAUUUGCUACGUACCCAAAAAUUCUACUGUUAGGGUCCUUUUAGGUCAAAUAAUCUACGGAAAACUGCAAAUGGUACGCGAUUUUCCGGAAUUUCUGGGAUCCCAGAAAAUCCCCGGUGAAAAUGGACUACCUCUCAAGCAAUUCCAAAGUUUCCGGAAUGUUUCCAGUGGGAGUAUAUCUGUACCAUUUACAAAAUAACCAGAAGUACUGGAAUUUCCGAUUAAAUGGCAAAAACACAUAAUGAAGAGCAUGGGGACGAGAGCGCAGCGAAAGGGAAGCGCUGGAACAUUUCAAGGGGUGAGGGAAAGAACCCUAGGAUAUCCCCAAGGAUGACCUCAUAUGCGUACUUCGUUGUACUCACCUUAAAUGGCAGGCAACAUGUUUGUGGAUAUUUACAAUCGUUCUGCUUUAGGUUGGGAUCAUUUCCUUGUCCCUUACCGCGUCCCCAGUCCACGUAAUCUUCACCAUCGCAUUCCUUUUCCGUCUUACACUGAAACAUCAUAUCCUCAUACAUACAGUACGCUGUGUGGACAAAACCACCAAAUGCAUAACAGUAAAUCUCCGAGGAAACCUUAAUGAAAUUGUUGUAAAAGUUACUCUAGUCCUUGCUCUGGUUUCAGUGAAAUAAGGCAACAUCUUUUCCGAUGACAUAGAUAGAUCUGCGCUGCGAUUAUCCUUUUCCUGAAGCACACACUGCUUGGUCGUUACUUUGUUCCGUUAUGCCUCUGUCUUCCUAAACAGCGGCGUAGCUAGGACUUUUAACAGGAGGGGGCAUUUUCUCUUGUAUUUUAGAUAUGUCUCAUACAUUUACUGUAUUUUUGGCUGCUAAAAGGGGGGCCCGGGGCCCCUAUGUCACACCCCUGGCUACGCCCUUGCCAAAUACCGUGAAAAGGGUGGUUUACAAGGUUAUUCGCCGGCAAAUUCGAGAUGAACAAGCGCCUAGAGUUUCAGACGUUUCAGACUUGGUACUGACUAAUGUAUGCGUAAUCAAAUCGAAUCGGUCGCCAAGACAAUGGUUCUGUUUGAAAAACCAAAACCAUCCGUCCGAAAGUCCACCAGCUCACCCUUUCAAUACGUUAUGUGCAAUGGGCUGGUUGAAAACCAUCGAUUCUAGAACCAGCCACAGACCCACCGUGCCAAAACGACAAAACCAAUUGAAAGAUCGAUCAAUAUUAUAAACGGGUCAAUACUGUAGGGUCAAUGCUGAUAAUGAAAUUUCGUAGGAUUUUGUAAACUGGAUGAAUAUCAACUAACCUUUAUCUUUGCUACCAUCGUCGGUGGUGAUGAUGACAUUGGAAGAAUCGACUGGAUAAUGUGACAGCAAGGAAGACGCGAGAAAAACAA